GGGCUGGGGACCUGCGGUGUGCGAGACAUGGCAUCCCUCAAUUGCAGCGCGCUGGUCUGCGUCAUUUGCUUGGAGAAGCCCAAAUACCGUUGCCCAGCCUGCCGCGUGCCCUAUUGCUCAGUGACCUGCUUCCGGAAGCACAAAGAGCAGUGCAACCCUGAAACUCAUCCUGCUGAGAGAAAAAUAAGAUCAGCUGUUCCUGCAAAAACUAGCAGGCCUGUGGAAAAUAAAGAUGAUGAUUCCUCGGUAGCUGAUUUUCUCAAUAGUGAUGAGGAGGAAGACAGAGUUUCUUUGCAGAAUUUAAAGAAUUUAGAGGAAUCUGCAGCAUUAAGAAGCUUAUUGCUUAAUCCACACCUGAGACAACUGAUGGUCAGCCUUGAUCAGGGGGACGACAAAGCAAAGCUCAUGAGAGCCUACAUGCAAGAGCCCUUGUUUGUGGAGUUUGCAGACUGCUGUUUAGGAAUUGUUGAGCCAUCCCAGAAUGAGGAUUCUUAACAUGGAUUAUUGUGCUGCUUGCUCAAACUUGUCACCCAGAGCUUUCCCACUUCUCCUGGGAGACCACUGGUGUGAGGGCCCUAAGAAAGAGAAGUGACUUCCAAGAUACAGACUGGCUGAUGGCAGUUAUGCAGAUCCUCCACCCCUGGGCUCAUGUUUCAGGUCCACAUCACCUGGAUUCAUCUUCAAGGUGACAUAUCCUUUAUGGCAAAAAACUUGACGUUCAAAUGGUUGUUUUUAAAUGUUUUAUUUUUGGUACACUUAUGAUAGACAGUCAUAAAUGAUACCAGUUUUAUACCCAUUUAAGUUAAAAACUUGAUCAGUGUUAAUAAAAUCAAGAUGUGCUGAUUCUGUA